UAGCCGCGGUCAGUGCCAGGCAGCUGUCGGGAGUGGCACGCAGGGGAAGAGGAAAGGAGCGGAGGCCGAAAGUCUGAGGUCUUUCCGUUUGUUUCCUUGAGUCUCGUGCCCGGCGUGAAGAGGGAGGAAGUUGUAUCUCUGGAGAAGGAAUCUCUCAGGCCUGGGGAUAGCGAAUGGGACCUGCUUCUCUUGGAGGUCCUGAGGAGACCCUCCGGGGAUGGUCCCUGUUCUCCUUGUGCAUAUACAUGAGAGAUUCCCUAGUGUACCUACCUAUGAAUGAAAUUGUUGGAUCUGAAGGAAUUUCCUCACAUGGCCGCUGAAGAAGUGACCAUUACAGUUCGCCUCAUUCGUUCAUUUGAGCAUCGCAAUUUCAAACCCGUAGUGUAUCAUGGAGUUAAUUUGGAUCAAACCGUAAAGGAAUUUAUAGGAUUUCUAAAGCAAGAUAUCCCUUUAAGGACGAGACUGCCACCACCAUUCAGAAAUUAUACAUAUGAUAAACUAAAGAUUAUUCAUCAAGCACAUAAAUCAAAGACAAAUGAACUUGUGUUGAGUUUGGAAGAUGACGACAAACUCCUGCUAAAAGAAGACAGCACUCUGAAAGCAGCUGGAAUUGCUGGUGAAACUGAAGUAGCAUUCUUCUGUGAAGAAGAUUAUGAGAAGUACAAAGCUAAUCCCAUUUCAUCCUGGUGAAAAUGUCUCAGGGGCUUCCUUUUCGCAUACCUGUAUUAAGCUCUUUAUUCCACUAGUGUGAGUUUUUGAAAUUGACAAAUAAAUCUUAAAAAAAUUAA